AUGCCCCACUCCCUACCCUCCUCACCCAAGUCGACGCCUAAAAAUGGUGGAAAUGGUAUCACCAAGUUCACCAACUGCCGUAUUCUGAAAGACAACUCGCUCGUCGAGGAAGACCUCUGGGUCAACUCCAUCACCGGGAAGAUCAUCCGGAGCCAGGCUGCCUUCUACGAUGACUUCGUCCUCCCGAACCAAGUCAUCAACCUUGGCGGCCGCAUAUUAUCACCAGGUUUCAUCGAGUGUCAGCUGAAUGGCGCCUUCGGGUUCAACUUUUCGACGUUGCUCGAGCCCGCCGUCUAUGCCAAGAAGGUCAGAGAGGUGAACCGGCAGCUGGUGCGGACUGGCGUUACCUCGUACCUGCCGACCAUCACCAGCCAGCGCAGCGACAUCUACAAGCGGGCACUGCCGCAUCUCGGACCCUCCGGAUACCGGCAAGUCGCCGAAGAUGGGGCAGAGUCCGUCGGCGCACACGUGGAGGGUCCUUUCUUGAGCCCAACCAAGAACGGUGUUCACAACGUGGACGUGCUGCGGGAAGCCGACACUUUCGAGGACCUGGAAGAUUGCUAUGGACCCACAAACAUCAGCUCAGAGGACAGCUACGAGCCAUCACCGAUCAAGAUGGUCACCGCGGCGCCCGAGCUGGGGCGCAUGACGGAGCUGAUCCCAGAGGUCACGGCGCGCGGCAUCAUCUUCUCGGUCGGACACUCGGAGGCGACGUACGAGGAGGCGUCCAAGGCAGUAGCCGCCGGCGCGACCAUGAUCACACACCUCUUCAACGCCAUGCGGCCGUUGCACCACCGCAACCCGGGCAUCUUCGGCGUCCUGGGCAUGGCCGAGAGCCUGCCGCGCCCCUACUUCGGCAUCAUCGCCGACGGCGAGCACCUGCACCCCACGACCAUCAAGAUUGCGUUCAACGCGCACCCAGAUGGCUUCAUCCUGGUAACUGACGCCAUGCACAUGGUCGGCUUGCCGGACGGCGCUUAUCAGUGGACGAAUGGCGAUUGUACGAAUCAUAUUGUGAAGAAGGGGCCCAAGUUGAUACUGGAGGGUUCCGAUCGUAUUGCUGGAAGCUCCAUAACACUCAUCGAAUGCGUGACCAACUUCCUCCGCUGGUCCGGCGCCACCAUUCCGCAGGCGCUGCGGGCCGUAACAUCGACACCGGCCGCGAUGCUGGGUAUGCAGGGCGUCAAGGGGUGUUUGGAUGACGGCGCGGAUGCGGAUCUAGUAGUAUUAUCCGAGGGUUUGGGCCAGGACGAGGCUGAGCUCGUGAUUGAUGAGGUUUGGAAGUUUGGGACAAAGGUCUUCAGUCGAUAG